UGAGUCGAAUAUACAAAAUAUAAAUAUGUUACAAUUUGUGUUUUUAUGCGCCCUGGCAUCGGUGGCUAAAAGUUACACCUUAAUUAGAAUUCCUUUGGGAAGUUUUAAUGGACCUCCUGGACACCAACUUAAACUUAUUCAUGUUGCUUUGGGUGGUGGACCUAACACAUUAAGCAACCCUCAACAAUGGCACAUACCAAAUAUUACUAUACGUUUCCAUCCAGCAGGAGUAAUUGGACCAAUGCAUUUGGAGAAUGAUAUGAAAUUGGCACAUGAAAAUGGAAAUCUUUUGCAACAAAGAUAUGCACCAUUUUUGAAGAGUUAUGAACAACCUCUUCAUCCUCAUUUGAUUGAGUUGAGAAAUCCACAUAAUUUCAAUGUUACGCAAAGUCAUGUGUUGUCUGCUUUAAACGCUAUAAAAGGCAAGCCUUUUUGCACUGAUCUGAGAAUACAUGCUCCAAGCGAAGAUUUACUUCCACCAGUUAAACACUCAUUGAUAAAUGACAUAACACGUGUGCAUAAUCCUGAUGCAUGUCCGGCAUUUUACAAAAAGUUCAAAAAUCUGUUCGGAACUCAUGAUAACAUUAUGUCCGAAUUCAGAGAUCAUCUUAAGAAUGUGAUGAAUCGCUUCCCACAGUUUAAGGAUGAUCCAGAAAAACUGGGUUUUCUCCAUGAUUUGUCAAAGUAUAAUGACCAAAAUGGUGCGCUACCAACAUGCAAAGGUGAAGGAGAAGUUAUUAAAACUAUGUCAAGAAAAGUUUAUGAAACUGCAUUCUCAAUUACAUCUUUGAAAAGGCUUUCGGCAGGUAGGUAUGUAUCUCAUUUACUGGAUGAUGUUGAUCAUUUGAGAACGAAGGGCGAAACUCCUGAUGGUAAAAAGAUGGUAUUGUUUGGAACAACACCACCAUUUCUGAAAUCUAUUAUGUCAGCAAUGGGCGGUGAUGAAGGAUAUCACAGUGAAAAUUUACUUCCGCAUCCAGAAGCUGGUUCAAUGUUUAUUACAGAAGUUUACCAGAAAGUCGAAGAACAGACAUAUCAUAUCAGGCUACACUAUAGUAAUAAUCCAAGUCAACCAAUUUCGGAUAAAAAUAUUUUAAAACUCAGAGGCUGCGAUGAAUUGUGCGAAUUUGAUAAAUUCAAGAACUUAAUGAAACCGAUGUAUUUAUCUAAAGAUGAUGCUGAUAAAGAGUGUUUAGAAUAA